CUAAAAUCAUAUCAUCUUCGUCUAUCUUCAUUAAGGGAGAUUAAUAAUGGCGAGAUCACCGGAGGAGAGUGGCCUGAAGAAGGGGCCAUGGACGCCGGAAGAAGACCAGAAACUCGUUGAGUAUAUACAGAGACAUGGGCAUGGAAGCUGGAGAGCUCUCCCAAAGCUUGCCGGACUGAACAGGUGUGGGAAGAGUUGUAGACUGAGGUGGACAAACUAUCUGAGGCCUGAUAUCAAGAGAGGAAAAUUCUCUGAUGAAGAAGAGAACACCAUCAUCAACCUCCACUCGGUUCUCGGCAACAAAUGGUCAGCCAUAGCUACUCAUCUUCCCGGGCGAACGGAUAAUGAAAUCAAGAACUUCUGGAACACCCAUCUGAAGAAGAAGCUUAUGCAAAUGGGGAUUGAUCCGGUCACUCACAGGCCGAGAACUGACCUUAACAUCCUCGCCAAUUUACCUCAGUUGCUUGCAGCAGCUAAUUUGAGUACUUCUCUCAUGAAUAAUCCUUGGGAUAAUGCCCUCAGACUGCAGUCAGAUGCCACCCAACUAGCCAAACUCCACUUGCUGCAUAACCUACUGCAAGUUCUAGGCACCAAUCCCACUGCUCUUCCCCAAACAUGGAAGCAGGCAACCUCUUUGGAACACCAUCUUUUAUGGACCAUCAAGCCUACGAACCUGGCUCAGACUCUUUCAAGUAUUCCUAGCUUUGUCCCUCCUCAAGAACCCGGUUUCGAGUACCAGGCCAUGGAGAACUCAAAAGUUUGUGCCGGGAACAACAAUGAUGGAGAUGAACUCGGCUCUUUAUAUGCCAUUCCUGCAUUGGUUUCGGCCUCACCUGAGCCAUCCACAGUGAAUCAAAAGGAGAAGAAGAUCGAACCGGCUCAUGACAUCUCCAAUCCUUCAUCCACUUCAACAACCUUUGAAGCCUGGGGAGAACUCAUGGAUGAUGAACCAAGCUUCAUCUUCGCCAUGGCCAAUCUCAUCAUAAACCUGGGUUUUGAUGUAAAGAAAAUAAUGGUUCAUUUCCGGGUUGGUUUCACAUAUGGAUAUUGA